AUGAAUGAGGAAAGAACUUAAUUUGUUGAGUGGAAAAACGAAAAGGCCACUUUAUUAUAAAAAAUACAAAUACAAGAAAUGUGCAUACAAGAAGCAAAAUAAAGGGAAGAAAAUCUUAGAAGAAUGAACGAAAUUUUUAUAAAAACCUUAAAUCAGCCAUAAAAUGAGAAUAUAUUUUAGAAGUUUUAAAAAUCCUUUGAAUAAAAUGAAAUUGAAAAGCAAUAAGAAAUAAUAAAUACUCUUUAAAUUGAGAAUAAACUCUUAGAAAAUAAAUUAUAAGAUAAAGAAUAUUAAAUAAAAGCAAUUAUUAUAAAUAAUGAAAAAGAAAUUGAGAGAUUAUAAAAUAAAAUUAUUGAGUUAGAAUACUUGUUAAAUAAUAAAGAAAAUUAUAAUUCAUAAAAUGAGUUUCAAAUAAAUUCAUAAUUAGAAGAUGAUAAAAUAUAUGUAAGUCGAAAAAGGAAUUAAAGUCCGUCACAUCCUACAACAAGGAUUAGGACAACUCAAUAAUUACAAUAAAUAGCAAAUAAUAAGUUUGAAGAGUAAGUGGUACUAAAAGAUUCAGGAGAGGUUGGCAGUUGUAUGAAUAGAAUUAAACCAAAUUUAGAGAAAUAAAUAAAGGAAAUCUAAAGUAAAUUAUACAAUACAAAAAAAAAAAUAACUACAAAUACGGAAAAAGAAAACUCUUUUAUAAGAUAAUCUAUCCAAAAAAUAAAACAUGUAAUAAAUUUUAAGUAUUUUAGAGAUCACGUAAUCAUUCAAUAUCUGUAAAUGAAACAGGAUUUUGUGAUUAAAGAUCUAAUUUGGAUGAUUAGAUAGAAUAUAAGACAAAUUAAACAAAUCAAUCUUUAAUGUAUAAUGUCUUUAGAUUUACUUGA